AUGAACAAGUGGACACCAGUGGCGGGUCGCCAGGAACUCCCUGACAUUUCCCUGACGGUUCCUGAUAAUUCCAGGUUGACGUCAAAAUUCCAGGUCAAUUCCGACAACACCUGCGACAUCGACGUGGAAAAUACCCUCCGCACCCUUCUGUCCCCUCAAGAGAACUCUAUGCAGGUCCAGGCGCUGCGCAGAGACGUUCUUCGGAAAUUUCAAGAGGCCUUAGAUCGGUUAGACCAGGAGGAAGACGAGAGAAACUUAAAGCGAUCGCUCAGUUCCUUGGCCGCUUGGAAUAACCUGCCCGAACACAAGAGGAACCUCGAAGCCCUCGCUAGGGCUGGGUACCUAAAGACUCUGCCGGAUGAAGACGAUGGCGACUCGAACUACAAGAGGAGCAUCGCCAAUUUGGCAAAAAAUGGGCAGCUGCCAAUGCCAAGCGACGGUCAGAAGCGUGGUAUAGAGUCUUUAGCCAGAAAUGGCGACUUACGUCCAAAGAAAGACAUCCAGGAGCUACUCGAUGAGAUGUACGGCAAGAGGAACAUAGGCAGCUUAGCCAGAGGGUUUAACUUACCGAGCUACGGCAAGAGGUCUUUGAGUAGUUUGGCCAAAUCAGGGGAUCUCAACUAUCAGAGGACCCAGUACAAGAGGAACAUUGCGUCACUAGCUAGAGAUGGGAAAUUUACAGGUAAACGGGCUAUGCCAGCUUUGCGAGAAGAUGAAUAUUCAGUCAGCCUGCACAGACUCCCCCAAGCCGAAGGAAUGGAGGAAAAGAGAAACUUGCAGUCUAUCAAAGCUCAGUACAAACCGAAGUUCAAGAGAUCUGCCGACGAGACGGAAAAGAGGAACAAGCGAGAGGCCGACUAUUUUGACGUGGAAAACGGUGAAUAUCCCUCUCCUGUGUAUCAGAGCCCCAAUAUUUACGACUAUGAAGACUGGUUGCAGGAUCUGACGGGCGCUUAUCCCAACGCUGAGAAAAGGUUCUUAGGAUCUAUAGCGAGAACCGGAUGGUUCCAACCGUCGAACUCAAGAUACUCCCGAUUCGUAUCGCCGGACAAGCGUCAUAUCGGUUCGCUGGCCCGCUUGGGCUGGCUGCCAUCUUUCAGAAAUGUCCGCAGGUUUAACAGAUCCGGAAGAUCUACCACUUCAGAUGACAUUUGCAGGGAGGUUGCCCCAAAUGGGCAAACCGAAGACUACGCCAGCGCCAAAGAGCCGCCGCUAUCACUAGAAGAUAAGAGAUACCUUCUGCAACCCGCAGUUGACAAUAUUUUGCUCAGAAAAGUUUUCAUGCAUCCAAGAUCACAUUAA